GCCAAAGAAGUGGUGGUGGUGGGCGUCGUGGCCAUGGCGGCGGCUAUCGCCAGCUCGCUGAUCCGUCAGAAGAGACAAGCCCGCGAGCGCGAGAAAUCCAACGCCUGCAAGUGUGUCAGCAGCCCCAGCAAAGGCAAGACCAGCUGCGACAAAAACAAGUUAAACGUCUUUUCCCGGGUCAAACUCUUCGGCUCCAAGAAGAGGCGCAGGAGGAGACCAGAGCCUCAGCUUAAGGGUAUAGUUACCAAACUGUACAGCCGACAAGGCUACCACUUGCAGCUACAGGCCGAUGGCGCCAUCGACGGCACGAAAGACGAGGACAGCACUUACACUCUGUUUAACCUCAUCCCUGUGGGUCUUCGAGUGGUGGCUAUUCAAGGAGUUCAAACCAAGCUGUAUUUGGCAAUGAACAGCGAGGGAUACCUGUACACCUCGGAACAUUUUACACCGGAGUGCAAAUUCAAAGAAUCGGUGUUUGAAAAUUAUUACGUGACCUAUUCGUCGAUGAUAUAUCGUCAGCAGCAGUCAGGCCGAGGGUGGUAUCUGGGUCUGAACAAAGAAGGAGAGAUCAUGAAAGGAAACCACGUGAAGAAGAACAAGCCUGCAGCCCACUUUCUGCCCAAACCACUGAAAGUGGCCAUGUACAAGGAGCCGUCACUGCACGAUCUCACGGAGUUCUCCCGGUCCGGAAGCGGCACCCCAACCAAGAGCAGAAGCGUCUCCGGCGUGCUGAACGGAGGCAAAUCCAUGAGCCACAAUGAAUCAACGUAGCCAGUGAGGGCAAAACAAGGGCUCUGUAACAGAACCUUACCUCCAGGUGCUGUUGAAUUCUAGCAGGUCCUUCGCCCAAAAGUUCACAUGUGUCAGUGACGUUUACCAAACAAACAGGCAGAAUUCACUAGUCUAUCUGCCCUAAAACCUUCCGAUCAUCCACACUAAAGCCCCAUAAUUUCGAGAGAGCUUGUGCAAAAGAUGGCCAAGCAUGAUCAGUGAACUUAAAUCCUGGAGAGAAGGGCCUGCCCAAUUUUUCUCAUGAUCUCACCUGUGCUCUGGGGAUGACAAGCCAAAAAUCUUUCACAGCACUAAUGCUAAUCAAAAUUUGCGCUCCAACCAAGAAAAUGUAAAAGACCACAAUCGCUCUUCAAAAACAAAAACAAAAACAAAACAAAAUUAACUGCUUAAAUGUUUUGUAGGGGCAAACAAAACUUCUGUGACCUGUGUUGUUUUCUUGGCUUCAUGUUUUCUAUCUACGCUUGAUUCACACGUAUUCUUCACUUUCGUAAUAGUGCGACUCCGUGAUUUCCAAAAUUCAGCGGUUCUACUGACUCUUGUCACUUAAUCCAAAUCAACCAAAUUCAGGGUUGAAUCUGAAUUGGCCUCUCAGGCUCAAGGUAACAGUGUUCUUGUGAUUCUACCAAUUUCUUCUUUUUUUUUUUUUUAGAUUUGUAGUGUAUUCUGGUCAAGUUCUCGUGCUGUAUUCUGUGCAUAGAAAUUGAAUCGUAUCGUCAACCCCAGUCAGUACAGAUUACUUAAAAAAAAAAAAGAUUAUCCUCAAGUGUAGAUUUCUCUUGAUUCCAUUUGUGUUACCACGUUAAACUAUUGUUGUGGCUUCUUGUACAAAGACACGAACUGUGGAAGUGUGGUGUCGUCUUUUGCGUUGUUACAGUAAGAAACGUCCUAUCUGUACAUGUACUACUGAGUCCUGCUGUUGUUGUAUUUGGCAUGUGAAUAUCGUGUACAAGGAAACGUUUAAGACUGGUUACCCCUAACCAACAUAUACUUAUACUUGCUUCUGGAAAAGUGUUUAAGACUUAGCUAGGUUUCCAUUUAGAUCUUCAUAUCUGUUGCAUGGAAGAAAGUUGGAAUCUUGGCAUAGAGUUGCAUGACAUGUAAGAUUUUGUGCAUUAAUAAUUGUUAAAAUCUGUGUUCCAAAAGUGGACAUAGCAUGUGCAGGCAGUUUUCUGUCCUGUGCACAAAAAAAA